CAUACCCAUUCACACCACACAACCAUAUAAAUCUCCCUUCCUACCUCUCUUCCCAUCUUUCUCUCUCCUCUCAUCUCAUCCCAUCAUCUGAUAAAUCACAAUUGCAUUCCUUCUGGUGCAAGUAUUUAACAUCAUCAUAUAUAGACGCGCUUAUAUAUAUAUAUAUUGAUGAUGGAGGGUCAUCAUAGUCAUCACCAUAUUAAUCCCCAUCAUCACCACCAUCGUCCACAGCUGCAGCCACAUCCGCAGCCGCAGCAUGUUAACGUCGGCCUAGUAGAUUCGCCCGCUGAUCGGUUCCCCCAAUGGAGCGUGCAGGAAACGAAGGAGUUCCUGAUGAUCAGGGGGGAGCUCGACCAGAGCUUCAUGGAGACCAAGCGGAACAAGCUCCUCUGGGAGGUCAUCUCGAACAAGAUGAAGGAACUCGGAUACAACCGGAGCGCCGAGCAGUGCAAGUGCAAGUGGAAGAAUCUCGUCACCCGAUAUAAGGGAUGUGAGACGAUGGAACCGGAAGUUAUGAGGCAACAAUUCCCGUUCUACAAUGAGAUGCAGACGAUCUUUGCUGCGAGGAUGCAAAGGAUGCUGUGGGCUGAGGCCGAGGGAGGAGCAAGCAGCUCGAAGAAAAAGGCAUCGCAGCUGUCUUCGGACGAAGAGGACGAGAACGAGGAUAGCGAGGGUGAGCAGAAAGCUAGGAGCUCUCGGCAGAAGAAGAAGAAGGCGAAGUCGGGCAAUAUGAGUGCUGCCUCAACUAGCAGCAACAGCAGUAGUGAUAAGUUGGUGAAGUUGCUGGAGGACUUCAUGAAGCAGCAAGUGCAAAUGGAGAUGCAAUGGAGGGAGGCGUUCGAGGCGAGGGAGAACGAGCGGAGGAUGAGGGAGAUGGAGUGGAGGCAGACAAUGGAGGCGCUCGAGAAUGAGAGGAUCAUGAUGGACCGGAGGUGGAGGGAGAGGGAGGAGCAGAGGAGGAUUAGAGAGGACGCUAGGGCUGAGAAGAGGGACGCUCUCAUCACGGCGCUCCUCAACAAGCUCAGAUCAAGAGGAGACAUGUAGCAUUCAUAGCAGGUGAUCGAUCCCUCUGAAUUUCUUUUCCUUAAUGAGUUAGUUGUUGACGGAAAGAGGGGAGACGAAGCAACAUUAAGAGGUAAUUUAACUUUGUUCUUCGCAAUUAGUCCCCACAACCUCAUGAUCUGAUCUCUAAUUAAGAUAGAAAGAAAUUGUGAAUUUUCUUUGCUGAGCUGCAUGCAAAAUUAUUCUUUCAUGGAAUAAUAUUAUGUCUCCUAGUUUUCUUCUCGUGCUACACUAAGCUGAGAAAAUGACCAUGGACAAUUUCUUUGCUGAGCUGCAUGCUAAAUUAUUCUUUCAUGGAAUAAUAUUAUGUCUCCUAGUUUUCUUCCGAUGCUACACUAUGCUGAGAAAAUGACCAUGACCACAUAUUACUUAGCUCUUUUUUCGGUAAUCAAACUACUCAACUCUUAGUUAGCUAGUUAAUUAGUAGAGUUACACAUCCACCGAAAAAAAAGUGGAGCGGAGUAUACACACACGAAAUAUAUUAUAUAUGUAGUGUUAUUUCACAUCCGGUCGAGUUUGUAAAUAUUCCAUACUAAUCUCAUGUGAUCUAGAACGCCCUUAUAUUACAUUUGCUUCCCUCGUAUAUAUGUACAUAUAAGUAAUAAAAGGCAACAUAUAUGGACUCUCUAAACUGGCAGAUAAAAAAAGCACGAGUAUAUUGUAACGGAAAAAAUACAUAAAUAUAUUCAUAUUAAAAAAGUAAUAAUUAUGUCAAACACAUAUUUGGAUUAGCCUUCGUUACUGGUAUAUAUUUUUAAGGUUAUUAGUUAAUUAAUUGAUCAUGACAUAUGUUUAGUUCGCAUGCCAUGUUCGAUUUGGUAAGUGCUUCUUUUCAAAUUUCACAAGUAUAAACGAAUAGAUAUAUAGAGUUCAUAAUAAUUAGAUAGGUAUAUUUGGCUUGUAAUUGCAUGUGAUGUGCAAACAAGAAUGAAACCUUUGUUUUGGCCCUUUCUUAAUUACAGGACACCAUCCAUUAAUAUAAUUUCUUCGAGAAAUGACGACUUUUCUGCUUGUCUAUCACAUAUUAGGUUCUAUUUAAUCAUUGAUCUUACAUGGCAUACAUCAGAAUUUUUAAAAUCAAUAUUAGUUAAUUUGUGAAAUUAAUAAUUAAAGGCUUAUUUUGAGGGGCUCCAUUGCAUUACAACUUGCAUUUUUUGAAUUCGCGUUAUUGCAUGGUUCUUCUCUCUUCCUGUUUCAAUGCAUGAUAUGCUCGUUUAUUCACACACACUCACACACAUAUCGUUUACUUGUUUAAUAAUCAUUAAAUAAGUUCAUUGAUACAUAAAGACGAUUACAUACUAAUGGAACUAGUUUUUAUCUUGAGGAAAAUUUUGUAUGAUUAAUUUUCUAAUGAGAUUGUUGAUCAUUUUUAAUGAAAUUGCAUGGGGUUGAGCUAGAUCGAUCUAGAGUAUAUAUUAUUUUUCCUGGGUCGCUAACUUUUAAUUUUUCGGCGUGAACCCUAGUAUUCUGACCCCAACUAAUUUAGUCGAGCAAGAUCAGCCCAUUAAGAGGUAAAACUCUUAUAGAGUGGAUUUUCUGCAUUUACAAGGGCUUGAACCCUAGACCUUGCUUAAGCGGAAGAAGUGUUGAACCGCUUAAAUCAACUCACGUUGAUUGCUAAGAUUUAGUUUUAGAUCCAUGAUGACCUUAGUAUGUAAUUUGCAGUUCAUAGUAAUUGCAUGAAUAUCAUAAAUUUGCAUAUGCAUAUCCCCUAGCUAUCCGCAGCAUGUGGUUUUGUGAACAAAAUGUCAUAAUUAAUCCAUGCUUUUAUUGUGUCUUUCCACUUUAAUUAAUAUAACAUGUUUACUAAACUUUCACCCCAAAAAGAAAAAGGUUUAGCUAGACUUCAAUAAUACAUGCAUGAACAUAUAUAUGUACUUACGAAACAUAAUGAAGGUUAUUCAUUAUUUAAAUUAUAAAACAGAAUCUGAGUUAUUGACUUAAUCUCGCCGUAAACUGUCUCCAGCUAUAUAUCAGUUCAUGUAUAUAUACCCUCAAGAGCUAGCUCAUUAACAUCAUAGCUAAAUAAUUGAACCCUAGCUAAGCUAGCUAUCAAAAGCGACGAAUUUUUUCCUUUUUUCAUUUCUUUUUUUCUUUGUGUUCCUCUAAGCAUCUUUGACGUCUCUCUGGACGUGCAUGGGUUCUUAAAAUCUUUUCAAGAUUCGUCAAAUAUAUCUGCAUUUAUAUAUAUACAUGCAUGUGUGUGUGUGUGUGUGUGUGUGGUAUGUUUAAGCUAUAUAUAGCUCAAUUAUUUAUAGAUAUAUACGCGCGCAUAUAUAUACAGCUGUCGUUUGCAGGAAUAUUUUGACUAUGUGUAUCUAUGCGUGUCUGAUCAGCCUCUGAAUAUAUAUUUAGUCCGACAGAAGCUAUACAUGCAUACAUACAUAUACAUUAAGUAUGUAUAAAUGUGUGGGUGCAUCACUUUGCCCCAGAAAGGAAAUGCUCAUCGAUGUCAAAAUUGGGGAACAGCUGAGUACGUUUCAAACCCAAGCAAAAUUCGGAAACCGCGUGGGGUUGGAUGGAGUGGAGGCACCAAUUUUUGUACCUCCUUCAUACGACCACCACAGGAGGAUUGGAUUCCCUUCCCUUCCACUCCACCGACACGGAACGAACCGAUGCUAUACGUCAUUCUUAAAAUGGAAUGAGGCGCCACCUGGCAUGCACCUAUGGCCUACCUAACUACCUCCUUAUACUUAGGAUAAUGUGCCAUUGAGAUGUUAAAUAUGUAUGUAUGUAUAUAUAUAAGUAUAUAGCGCUGUUCUGAGGUUCGUAA